AUGCGCGCGGAGCGGCCCCCGGCCCCGGCCCGCCCCGCCCCGCGCGCCCCUCCCGCCCGCACCGCCGGGCCCACGGCGCCGCCGGCUAGCGCCCAGGCCUAUCGCCCAGUCAGCGUUGCGGGCGGCGCGGCUCUGCUCCGGGUAAGGAGGGCGCCGCCGCCCGCGCCGCGGGGCCGCCGCCCCGGGUGCCCCCGCGCCCUGCACCCGGCGCCCCGCCGAGCGCGCGUCGCCCGCGGCGGGGCCGGGCGGGGGGCGGCGGCAGUUGGGAGUCGCCUCGCCCCACGCCGCCUCUUUCUCUUUCUCUUUCGCCGCCGGGCGCGGGCCGGGCUCCCCCGCGGGGCGCUGCCCACUUGUCGCCCACUUCGGACGGGCCGGGCCGGGGGCGGGGACGGCAGGACUCCCGCGGCCCUUGGGCCCCCGCGUUGGGCGUCGCUUCCUCCUGGGCGGGACGUCCCCGCGGCUCCCGUCCUGAGGGCCGAGACCCGAGCCCAGAGUCUGCCCGGCCCGGCGCGGGGACGUGGGGGCCGGAGUCCCACCUGCCGCCCUCCCCGGGGACCCCGCCCAGAGCGCGGCGGGCUGGGCUUACCUGGGCGUCGAGCGGUUACUUGCGGGGUCGGUGCGGGCGUGUCCCGAGGUUACUCGGCCUACACCUUGCCCGAGGCACCGGCUUCGGAGAUCCUGCUAUGCCGGGCCAACAGCCUCUGCGGGGGUGAAGGGUCCGACUUCCCACUCGGGGUCAUCGUCCUGGGUGGUGCCCUCAACACUUUUUUCGGGAUUCGCCCACCCACCCCCUCGGUGGUGACUACCCCCCCCGCCCCCGCCGUGGUGGAGGCCGAGCAGACUCCACAGAUCCCAGAGGGCGGAGCCGUGGGACUGGUGGGUGGCCGACUUCAGGGGCUGGAGGAGCCACCGCCAGAGCCAGUGUGGAUGCUGCUCACUGACCUUAGAAACGCGGGGUUUGCACUCAAGGGACGAGGCUGGGCUUUCGUGUGGAGACUGAGGGUCUGCGGAACAUUCCAGGGGUUUGCCCCUGCAGUGGCCACGCGUGAGGCCUGGUCUUGGGAGCAGUACUUGAAGGAACAGGAGGCCGUGGCAGCGCCCGUUGAGCUGUUUUCCAAGGACCAGUCCUUUCCGGAGCGUGAAAAUGGUUUUCAGGUUGGAAUGAGAUUAGAAGGCAUUGACCCCCGUCAUCCAUCUGUGUUUUGUGUGCUUUCUGUAGCUGAGGUGUGUGGUUACCGUCUCAGACUUCAUUUUGACGGUUAUUUAAGCUGCUAUGAUUUUUGGACUAAUGCUGGGUCCCCUGACAUUCAUCCAGUAGGGUGGUGUGAAAAGACCAAACAUGAAUUACACAUCCCUAAGGGUUAUAGAAAAGAUAAAUUUGUUUGGAUGGAUUACUUGAAGGCCUGCAAAUUGCAAAAUGCUCCCAAGAAAUUAUUCAGAAACAGAAAUUCUAAUGGGCCAGUGCCUAAGGAAUUUCAGGUUGGAAUGAAGCUGGAGGCUGUCGACAGGAAGAACCCUUCCUUGGUAUGUGUGGCAACCGUAGCAGAUGUUGUUGGAGAUCGCUUGCUAGUGCAUUUUGACAAUUGGGAUGAUAGUUACGAUUACUGGUGUGACGUCAAUAGUCCUUAUGUUCAGCCAGUUGGUUGGUGUCAGGAGCAUGGAAGAACUCUGAUAGCACCCCAAGGUUAUCCUGAGCCAGAAAAAUUUUCCUGGACAGAAUAUCUGGAAGCUACUCGAACUAAUGCAGUACCUGCCAAAGUUUUUAAAAUGCGGUUGCCCCAUGGUUUUCUCCCGAAUAUGAAACUUGAAGUCGUGGAUAAACGAAACCCCAGGUUAAUUCGUGUUGCUACGAUUAUAGAUGUUGAUGACCAAAGAAUAAAGGUCCAUUUUGAUUCCUGGGACCACAAAUAUGACUACUGGAUGGAUACAGACAGCCCUGACAUUCACCCAGUCGGAUGGUGUGACGUCACUGGUCAUCCCCUGGAAGUGCCGCAUCGGGCAAAUGAUGUGAAAAUCCUUCCAGGUCAAGCUGUUUGUCCCACUCCAGGGUGCCGAGGGAUAGGCCAUAUCCGUGGUCCGCGGUACUCAGGACAUCACAGUGCCUUUGGCUGCCCGUAUUCGGACAUGAACUUGAAAAAGGAGGCAACACUUCUUGAUCGUCUGCGAGAACAAACACAGGCAAAUGUGGACUCAGACUCUGCACAUUCAAAAUCGAAAAACCUCUGUAGUUUGAACUUCAAUGGAAAACACGAAAAGGUGAACAGCCAGUCCAGACUUGUACAGCAGGCAAAGUGUUUGAAAAUCAAAGGAACAGAAGAUAUUGACUUGGAUAUCCUCUUCAGAGAGCACUUGGCCGCGCGGACGCAGCGGGCCCUGCACCAGUCGGUCUUCAUGUCGUCCUCGAUCGCCCAGCCUUUCCGGGACCUUCCCCUGGGCCGCGAACAGCACCUCAAGCUGCUCCCCGGCGUGGCCGACGUGCAGGCUGGCAAGGUGGCCCGGUGGACGGUGGAUGAGGUGGCUGAGUUCGUACAGUCUCUGCUGGGCUGUGAAGAGCAUGCCAAGUGCUUCAAGAAAGAGCAGAUUGAUGGCAAAGCCUUCCUGCUCCUGACACAGAAGGACAUUGUCCAGGUGAUGAAGAUCAAACUGGGUCCAGCCCUGAAGAUUUAUAACUCCAUCCUCAUGUUCAGAAGCUCCCAGGACCUCGCCAGGGAAGCUGCCAGCGUCCGGGGGAGGGGCCGAGGUCCCGGGGAGGCUGGCCACAAGGCCCGGCUGGCCUGGAGCGCGAGGACAGCGGACCGCGGCUGGCACGAGCCCCGCGGGGCGCGCAGCUCGGCGGGGGCGGCUCCGCUCGACCGGGCCCGAGUUCGCCGGGGGACAACUUACUGUGUUCGCUCUGCGUCCACACUGCCAACUCCCAAGUGGGAGGGGGGAAACAGCAAAAAGCUGUAUCGCAUCCGAGACAACAGCCGCGGGUCCGACCGCCCCGAGCCGAGCAAGCCGCCACCGCCGCCGCCGCCGCCGCCGCCGCCGCCGCGGGCUCAACUCCACCCGGCGGAGCCCGGCGCGCCGCAGCCACACAAAGAGGCGCCGGGCCGGCCGGGAGCGCCGCAGGAGGGCACGGCGAGGGACCGGGGCGGCGGCGGCGGCGGGGAGAGCGGCUCCAGGCAGGAUGCAGGAUGCGGAGAACCUGACACUUCUCGGAAACUCUUGGAAAUGGCUCCCGCCCCGGCACUGUAG